UUGCUUUCAAAUGGUUUCAGCAAGAAAUCUUAUUUCUCCACCUCGGCCGCCAGUGAAGUAUGACAAUUGUUUGGUUACAAUAUUUGCUUGCAUGUAUUCGUCACCGUCGUGUGUUUUUUUCCUGGGUUUAAUAGACACCUUGAAAAUUACUUGGGAAGAAUAAGCAACCGAUCACAUCCGACAUAUAGCUCGGUUGGUGGAACACUGAACUGGUAUUCGCAGAAGUCAUGAUGGGUUCGACUCCCGUUCAUGCUUGAAAUCUACUGGCUCUGUUUUCACAGCUGUUUAAGUUGUGUAUAUAAUUACUAUGAUCAUUUAUGUCUUUACAACGUAAUUACUCUUUACUCCCGCGUAUUUUCGCCGGUUUGAUGGGGAGGUCAGUGUUUUAUGAGGUGAGAACUUCGCCGAUACAUGUAAAUAUUACGCAAAAGCUCUCUUCAAUCGAGGAGAAGAAUUACUGAAAAUGAACUUAAAAUUUUCCCACAUCGUAUUUUAAAUUUUCAUGCUGGUUUAUGAUUGUUCCAUCGUCGACUUUUACUUACACACUAAUUUUCUGGAAAGGAGAUAUCAAACAUUUUGUCAACAACUGAACAAAAAGCUUGAGAGUUUGACUGAUUACGUUGGAACUAUUUUAUUAAAACGUUUAUUGGUAUAAAAAAGUAAUACAAUAUUGGUACGCGUAUGAGGCUGUUUAUGUCGCAUGUUGGUUCUACGACAGUUAUCGAACAGUUCAUUUAUUCAACACUAAUUUAAAGUAGGUAAAAAUGAAAAAGACGCCAACAACACUAAACGUACUGCUCGAUGCUAAAACUAUAUUUUAGGCAGAAUCACAGGCCGCAAAGUUUUGCAAACCGCUAAGAUCAGAUCUACUUCAAGUUUUAAAAAGAACGCUUUUCUUUUUUUUCUUCCUGGUAUGCUUAUCCAAACGUACAGCUCUUAAACCUGUUCGCGGCGGGAUGUGAAAACCAGUAUCCUUGAUGGCUAUAUUUUUUAUUUCCUUGAAACACUAUUUAAUUGCCAGUCUUUAGCUAAUGUAGAUUUGAAAAUUCACCUGCACAUAUACAAACAUAAAUAUUACUGUACUGACGGUUUAAUGAAAAGAUUCCAUAGAACUAGAUACCAGGUAGUUAUUCGUCCAUCGUUAACAAUAAGAAAUAGCAUAAUCAGAAAAGGCUUACCCUGAAGACUUACAGAAUGAGAAAAUCGUAAUUAUAAAACUUUUUGAAAAGCAAAACACGGUCAAUGUAUAAUGCGUCAGUUGCUGGGUGUCCCUGUGGUAUGAGAUACAGGUGGGACUGCGGUUUGCCAGUUGGCUCGGCGCCAGACCACAGCAUCCAUUUCGCAGGUGGCGAUACGACUGCAGCAGUACUGAGAGCAGAAGAUAUUUCGUUUUAAAGCUUCAAUUGACCAUGAAACAGGCUGAAAAAGUCUCCACGUAUCCCAGCACUGGGGAUCAUAUCUACGUCCUUCGUUCCUUGAGCUAUACACAUCAUGGUAUCUACAUGGGUGAUAGCAAAGUGGUGCAUUUUCAAACCCCUCUUGAAACAGGACGGAUGGAAAGUUCGGAGAUCGUAGAAAGCGAUUUUCAAGAGUUCCUUGGACCUGAAAGCUCAGACUGGUACUUGUAUAAAUACGGCGCCACUGAGGAAGAAUUCAGCGGAAAUCCGCGUGGGACAUGCACAACUAGACACAGUGAAGAGCUGGAAACUGUGCUUGAACGCGCGCGCCUGGCAUUGCGGGAAGGAUUUGGGCAGUUCAAUAUAGUGGGUAGUAACUGCGAGGACUUUGCUUUGUACUGCAAGACGGGACAGCGAUCCCAGACCAGCGGUCAGUACUUAUCAGCCAUGCGCAGAAUAGAGGCCGCUCGCCAGGCUGCAGCUACUGGUUACAAGAGUCCUAUAGUGUACGCUGGCUGUGUCUUGGGCUGGUUCACAGCCAAGGAUUUUGGAAUAAACUCCGAAAGUUCAACAAACGAUGAGAAAGGUGAAGAAAUGCCAUUGAAAAGCAAGUAGGGUUAAUAUAACUCUACACCCGCAUGGUUGAAUAGUAACCAUGAUGGCGAACUGAAGUUGGAAUGUCUCAACUGAAUGAAAUUCAGAUUAAAGAAGGACUCCAUCAGAAGUUCGAAUAACAAGUGGACAAAAACUUUGUACCGAGAUUAUUUACUCUGUAUUACAAACUUCUAUCGGACUGUUUUAAACAUCUUCUAAAAAUGUCGAAAACAAAUUUUGAAGUUCAAAUGAAACACUUGAAAGUGCUGCUGAAAUGAAACUGAUGAUGACAUUUUACCAGUGAUUGCACAAUUUCCCUGAACUUUGAAACUUAUUUUCUCGAGUUCUCAUGGGAAAUUGUUUUCGGUGUUAUCUCAGACAACGAUUUAUACAGUAUAUUUAGCUUCAAGAAAAUGUAAAAAGGCCUGUAAAUACCUGAAAUUAUUCUGGUACAAGAUUUCUGUCCAUUAAAAACUGAAAUUGCUCGAUUUCCUAUCGGAUUUCGCCUUAAUUUCGCACACAAACACAGCCAACUGACGUCAUAAGAAAACCACAUGAAAGUGAGAAAAUAUUACCAAGCAGCGAAUAC